CGGGACGGCGGAGUGGCGCGGAGCGGCCAUGCCCUGCUGAGGAGCCGCGCAGGAUGUUCGGGCUGGAGCAGUUCGAGCCGCAGAGCAGCGGCCGGAGCAGCGGGCAGGCGGAGCGGGGCUUCGGCCAGCCCGGACUGAGUAUGAGCGCGCACUUCAAGGCGCCGGCCUUCCCCGGCGGCGGCCCAGCGGCGGCGGCGGCGGACCCGGCCCUGGGCGCGCUGGGCGAGCCGCCCCUCCUGGGUAUGAACAUGAGCCUUGCCGGGGACGCCUACGGCUUCCCGGGCCGCGGCCCCGCCGAGCUGCACGGCGGCGGCAUGCAGCCGCCGGUGCACGGCUUCUUCGGCGGGCAGCAGUCCCACGGCGGCUCCGGCGGCGCCCCCCACCCGCACCAGCACCCCCCGCACUUCGGCGGCGGCUUCGGGCCCGACCCCGGCGCCUCCUGCGUGCACGGCGGGCGGCUCCUGGGCUACAGCGGCGCGUUGGGCGGACAGACGGCGUUCGCCGACGGCUACGAGCACAUGGCCGAGGGCCAGAGCGGCGAGGGCUUCGGGCAGCAGCGCCCCGGGACCCUGCCCGAGUUCCAGCACCACGGCGCUGGCGCCGCCAGCCACGCCGUGCCGGCACCCUGCCUGCCCCUCGACCAGUCCCCCAACCGCGCCGCCUCCUUCCACGGGCUGCCGGCGGCCGGCUCCUCCGAGCCCCACGGCCUGGAGCCGCGGCGGCUGCCGGCGCAGGGCGGCGUGGACUCGCUGGAAUACAAUUACCCCGGCGAUGGCCCCGCCGGCCACUUCGAACUGCCCGUCUUCUCCCCGUCGGAGCCCGAGGGCCAGCUGCCGCACUACGCCGGCGGGCGGCAGGUGCCGGCGGGCGGCAGCUUCGCGGGAGCUCCCGCCCUGCCCCGGGCGCCGGGCAUGGCUGUGGCCAAGGCGCACCCGCCGCAGCAGCACGGCGUCUUCUUCGAGCGCUUCGGGGGGGCGCGGAAGAUGUCGGCCAGCCUGGAGCCGGGGGCCAGCACCAGGCACCCGCUGAUGCAGCAGCAGCAGCAGCCACCACCACCGCAACCGCCGCAGCAGCCGCCGGGCUUGCUGGCCAGACAGAACUCCUGCCCGCCAGCCAUCCCUAGGCAACAGCAAACAGAAGCCAACACUCCCAACCCCAACCUGCAGGACAAUGGGCCCAUAAUGCAGAACCAGCAUGCACAGUUUGAAUACCCUAUUCACAGACUGGAGAACAGGAAUAUGCAUCCCUACACCGACCCCAUGUUUAAUAUGCAGCACCCUCCUCCGCAACAGCCACCAAAUCAAAGACUGCAGCACUUCGAUGCCCCCUAUGUGAGCGUCGCCAAGAGGCCGCGGUUCGACUUCCCCAGCACCCCCGGCGUCGAGCGCUGUGCCUCCUGGGGCGGUGGCAUGCACGGCCCGGCCAUGGAGAGCCACCUGUCCCCGACGGCCUAUCCCGGCCUGCCGGGCGAGUUCACCCCGCCAGCGCCCGAGGCCUUUGGGGGCCCGCUGCCGCACGGCGGCCCCGAGCACCCUGCGCUGGCGCAGCGCCAGAACGCGGCCCUGGUGAUGAAGCAGAUGGCCUCGCGCAGCCAGCAGCGCCUGCGGCCGCCCAGCCUGCAGCAGCUGGGGCACCACGGUGAGGUGGGCCCGCCCGGCAGCCUGCCCCCGCCCGCCUUCGAGCGGGAGGCUGGUGGUGGCCGCAGCUUCGACCCGCCGGCGCCGCACAUGGCCCCCGACAGCGCCUGGUGCGGGCCACCACCGCCUGGGGAGCUGCUGCCGAGGCGCUUGGCAGCGCCAGGGCUGCCGGCUGAGGCGGCCCCCCCACGAGCUGGGCCCUGCAACCGGGCGGCCCCACUGUGCUCUUUCCGGCCGGGUGCCGGUGGGCUGGGGCUGCAGGAGCCCCUGCGGAUGGCAGGUGAGGGGGCCGGCAGGCCCCUGCCGUCACCCGGCGUCCACCCACCCUUUGCACCCACCAUGGGUGGCCUCUCACAGCUGCAGUCGCCGGGCGGUGGUGUGGCACUGCCCAGUGCCCCCACUGAGCGCCGCGGCCCCACCGACUUCGCUGCCCAGCCCAGCUUCCCCUUCGCUGCGGCGGCGCGGCAGCCAGCGGCCCAUGGGGCUGCACCUGCCCUCAGCGCCUCGCCGGGCGCUUACCCGCCACCCCACCCGAGUUCCCCCCGCCACCCCCCACCUCGGCCUGCCGCCAGCAAGCUGGGUGCUCUCUCGCUGGGCUCUUUCAGCAAGGCAGCCAGCAAGGACAACGUCUUCGGGCAGAGCUGCCUGGCUGCCCUCUCCACUGCCUGCCAGAACAUGAUCGCGAGCCUGGGCGCUCCCAACCUCAACGUCACCUUCAACAAGAAGAGCCCGGCCGAGGCCAAGCGCAAGCUCAGCCAGGCUGAGCCUGACCCGCCACCUGCCGCCCCGGACUACUUCCCAGCAGGGCCACCAGCGGGUGGAGGUGGCACAGGCAAGGCAGCGGGCAGUGCCCCACUGCUGCCCGCAGAGAGCAGCCUCUCGCCCGGCUACGCUCUGGAGCCGGUGGCCAGUGGCGAGGGGAAGGCGGGUGGCGGGCGGGGUCGGGGUCGCCGGAAACGGGACAGUGGGCACGUCAGCCCCGGCACGUUCUUUGAGAAAUUCUCGGCCACGGAGGGCGGUGGGGCCGGUGUCAGCCCGGGGCAACCGGCGGUGCCGGUGACGACGGGGGGCCCACCGGGGGCUGCGGGCGCUGAGCGCGGUGGGGGCACCCCCCAUGACAAGCCCCUGACCUCACCCUCCUGGGGCAAGGGCAGUGAACUGCUGCUGGCGGAGCAGCCUGACCUGAUGUCUUCCCUGGACAGUGGAAUCCAGAGCGUGACCAAGUCAGACGGCAGCUCCCCGCACGUGGACUUUCCUGACGAGGUCAGCACCAGCUAUGGCAACGAGGAUGAGGUGUCCUCCAGCUCUGACAAUGCUGCCUCCAAGCCCACCCGCAGCCCGCUGUUGGGUGGCUCACCCAAGCUGCCCCGUGGGGAGCACGCACUUCUCAAUGGACAGAAGCCCCUGGCCCUUGGCCUCCUCAGUACAUCUACCUCGACCCCCGACAGCUACGGGCUCAGCACCACGGCGGGCGCCCACCCUGGCACGCCGAGCAUGGAGCAGGUGCGGACCCCCACGAGCACCUCGGCCCAGGAUGAGAUCCACCCCCUGGAGAUCCUGCAGGCACAGAUCCAGCUCCAGCGGCAGCAGUUCAGCAUCUCGGAAGACCAGCCCUUGGGGCUGAAGAGCAAGAAGGGAGAGUGCGCGGGGCAGAAUGGGGACAGCGACCUGGGCAGCUGCUGCUCGGAGGGUGUCAAGGGCACCAUGAGCACCAUUGACCUGGACUCCCUGAUGGCGGAGCACAACUCCACCUGGUACCUGCCUGGUGAGAAGGCCCUGAUGGAAGGGCAGGAGGAGGACAAGUCCAUGGCACCCUGGGAGAAGCCCAAGCCCUCGAACCCCAGCAAAGAAGCCCACGACCCCCCAAGCAAGACCUCGGCGGCGGCGGCGCAGACGGGCAGCCACCUGCAGUGCCUCUCGGUCCACUACGACGACGUGGGCGAGGCGAAGGGCCGGACUGCGGUGCCAACGUGGUCCCUGCACUCGGACAUCUCCAACAGAUUCGGGACUUUUGUGGCUGCCCUGACUUGAACAAAAGAAAUUUUUUUUCUUUUUUAAUUUCAAAGGGCCGCUACUGCUAGGUGGACUAUUUUUCUAGGUUGGUACCUGCUUAGUGGCAUAUGGACUGGAAAGGGUUAAUUUAAAGUAAACCUCAACUUUUUUUUAAUCUUCUGCCACAGUAUGUUACCAGUGUUAACCCUUCUGCAGUUAGCACACUUUUGCUUAAGAUUUUCCUGCUAGACCACUUUUUCCCAUUAUUCUGUAACCUUGGCAUACAUUUAUAGAUGAGGCCUUUUCCUUUUUCAUCUCAACGUAUGUCCAAGUCACGUAUGUCAUAAUAAGACAAAGAUUCUCCUCCUCCUUCUCCAUUUUUUCCUCAUUUGCUUUGUUUCUCUUUUUUUUUUUGUUUUGUUUUGUUUUGUUUUGUUUUGCUUUGUUCAGUGCUUAUUACAAUGGUGAUCCUGAGGAGCAGCAGUUCAGGAAUAACACCAGUGAAAGUGAAAUGGUCAGCAUUAAAUUAUAUGUCGUACUGACACCCAGCCUUUGCCAGUCACAUACAAAACAAGCAGUUGAUGCUCUGUCGAAUGUUCAGGCAUGGACCUACCCUUUCCCGAAAGAAUGAGGUUCUCCUGUUAAUGAGGUUCAGCCUCAUUUGCUCUGUGCCUCUUGGUGAGGCCAGGACGCUCCUUCUUCUCUGUACCUGGGCCCAGCCCUGGGAUGGAGCUCUGUCAUGAACGGCUGGUUCAGGCACAGCGGGGAAUGUACCAAGGGGUUUUUCUAUGUAAGUCUAACAGGAAGUUUUUAAUGGUCAAGAGUCAUUAUCUCCUCCUCUGAAGGUCCAGGCUCCCUCUUGCUUUCUGGGGCCUGGUGGUGCUCCUGCAGUUCCCAGUUUACUGAUGCUGAAAAAGAAAAUCCCCUGUACCCUGCCCAUUUUUUGCCCAUUUUUAGCUGCAGAAAGAUGCUGUUGAUUGGUAGCAGGUCCAGUGUCCCCUGUGCUUGUCUGGGGGUGCCCCAGCCCCCACCUCAGGUCCUGAUGCAGUGGCAGCAGCUGGGGAUGGCCCAGGUUGGGGGAUGCAGGGGGCUGUCUGCUAGGGCAGCAUUUCCUAAUCUGCCAGUGCAGGAGAUCCCUGUCAGACCCCCCAGAACUCAUUCAAGAUCCUGCUUCUGCCACACACUGAAGAACAGCAUUGCUGGAUGCACACAAUAAAAGGAAAGCCAUGCUUUCCUGCUCGGGCUAGAUAAUGCUCAUUCGAGAUGAAAGUUGGAAGCAAACCAGAUAAACCCACGACUGACAUGAUGGUCUGACUCUCCAGCAGUUUUACGUAAUACUGUCCAUUAUUUGUGUGUCCCUGCACCCAGGAGUGGCCCCAUCUCGCCCCGUGCCGGCAGCUCGCCUCCUGCAGAUCCUGGAGCUCAGGAACAGCACUGGAGGAUUAGGUUUUGGCUGCCAAAUAAAGGUUGGCCUCUCUAGGGUUAUUUAUUCAUGAUUUCACAAAUGUGUCCCUGCUGAAGGGAUGGAGUUGAAGACUGCUUUGUAUUUUAUCUUUGAUGAUUGUGCUGGGUUUUUAAUUAUUUUGACGUAAUAUUCUCAGUAGACACCAACGGAGAGGAAAUUCUGCCUAAAAAGCCAAGGGUGGUCAGGAAUCCUCACUCUCGGUCGUAUGUGGCUUCAGAGAGACUCGCAGUGUUUGGAAAUGUGAUUUGAAUGUGCUCUUAUUAACCAUGCAUGGAUUGAUUUAUGGGUCUGGUCAAUGAAUUGACUUUGGAUAAAUUUGGAUAGUUUUGAAUCUUGAUUUUCAAUAUUAUUUUACUUUUUAUUGAAGCUGGAGCUGCCACGAGGAUGAGGAUUUUUGCCCAUCCUGAAGCAAUUGGCUGUGGAGCUGCCUCACGCCCGCUUGGUUUGGAACAAAAAGCUGGGAUGGUUUGUACCUCUGUUGGGGUGUGACUGGGAGCGCAGAGCUCCUCCUGCACCUGCAAUAAAAUAUCACCAUCCCAGAAAGUAUCUCCUGGUAGAAUCACUGUCAGCCUCCCUCUGGAAGGUGCCUCUUUGCCUGUGAUUCCUCAAGUCCUGGCUCACCCAAGUAUGUGAUUUUAAAUCCUGUCAGCAGAGCAUGGGGGGGAUGCUGAGCUAGGGGGUCUGUGCCUACCAGGGCACUUGUGCUGCUGCGGGGGGCUUGGUCCACAGAGAGGGUCCUGGCGUGACCCCGGUCCGGUACUGUCUUCCGUCACAGCUGAAAAUUUUGUCCGAUUCUGGCCUCGUGUCACUCCUGCAUGGGUGCAGCCCCUUGCCUUGCUGCUUUGUUUUAGUUUCUUCCUGUGCCAGGAUUUUUCAGGCUUCCUGAGGUCAGGGAUGCCCCCCUGUGCCACGGGAAGGAACCUGUCAGGGCAGCGCAGAGUUCAGAUGCUUUUAAAGGAGAAAUCGCCGUUUGAGUGGAACUGUUGCUACCUUGGUCUGACCAACAUUCUACUCAUUCAUCAUUGGCAGCUUGUGCUCGUCUUCCUUUGCAGUUGUUCUCAUCCACUUGGAACUUGCUUUCUCGCUUGCGCUCUCAUGGAAUGCAGAGAGCAAGCAUUCCUUAAAAAUCAGUGGAAUUCUGUGAAAUGAGGCCAGGCGGUUCUGAGGCUGGGGUGGCACUUGGCUGCUGUGUGUCGGAACAGGACUGUCGAGGAGGUGAGCAGUUAAACCCGCAGCUGGCUGUGUCUGGGAGUUCUCCUGAAUCAUAUGGUCACAUGCAAUCCUCUUGCUAACCUCCUGUCCCUUUGAUCUUGACUGAACGAGCUCUGCCUGGGCAGCCAGUGGUGAUGCCAGGACCAACCAAACCUGUGCUUUUAGGGUUUUGUUGCUUUUUGCCAAAGAUCAGAACAGAAACGGUACAUCCUGACCAAGACAGGCAUCAUGUCCUGCUCAUCACCUGGGAAUGUGGUACUGACAGUGUAUGCAGAGGGCUCGAGCUUUGUCACAGAGCUGGUGGUACCUGCAGUAAUUUCAUUGUACCCAUUAAUUUUACCCAUUAAUGAUGUCAUCUUCUGAAUAAUAAUAUUCCAACUGAAGCAUGUUGGAGAGCUGUAGGUAAAAGCCAGUUGUGGAAGAGGUAAGUUGCACUCUUGUGGAGAGGGAAACUGAGGCACAGACAACAUCGACCUGAGUGUGUCAGGCAUACUGGUGGCAGGGCUGAGCUGCACUGAGGUCUGACCUCUGCUCACUGCAGAGCCUCAUGCCCGAGGCUCACUUCCUUCGGGGUCUGAGCUGGGUCAAUGGGGAGAAUUUUAUGAGCUACACGUUUCCCAAAUGCCAGGGCAAAGCCAGGAUGGUGAAACCUCCCACCUGUGUGUCCUAUGCGGCUUCCAGAUGGGGGAUGUUGUACAAGAAGCCAAAGACUGGUGGUACCUGACGCACAAUCCACUUUGGAUUGCAAACAGCAGCUAAAAUGUGGCUUUACCUUUGUCAUGGGGAUUCUCCCUGGCCAGCCCGGCACUGGAGGCUCCCACACAGCCUUGGAGCUGCAUCAGGGGAACCUGGAUGUCCCCCACCUCCCGGCCCUGUGCCCUGGCUCCCUGUGUGUUUGUUAAAAGAAACCCUGUGCUUAGUCUGCAAGUUACAGUGUCAUAGCAAACUGAGCAAAGUUUGUCUUGCAUUUCAAUUGGGAGGAGUGAUAAAACAUCUCAUUGCCAGAUCACUUUCUCCUGGAGUUACCCAUUCUCUGUUAUUCGAGCAUCAGUGAGGUGGUUUAGGCUCAUUGUUAUUUAGUUAAGGUUUUCACUGUGUGUGAAGGUGGACAGGAAUGAGCACCAGAAUUCUGUCACCUGGAUCACUUGGGGACCUGUGCAGAUCCCAUGGCCUCCAUGGUAACUGGUAGUGCUGGCUGGCCUUCAGAACCUGGGGUCAAGAUUGGACUUCCAGGCACCACCAGCAAGGCAAAAAAUUCCAGUUUCAGUAGGCAGAAGGGUGGGGCGAGUGCAGGGCAGCAGGAUGGGCACUGGGAGGGUGGGAGGCAAAAACCAAAUGGUACAUUUGGCUUAUUUUUGUUGAGCUGCAGUGUAAGGUUUUCUCAGCUGCUGGAUUCACAGCUGUUCAAGGGAUGGUGUGUAAGAGCAUAACCCAUUUUUAUAGAAUUGUCUCUCCUUUAUUGCUUAAGGCUAAUGGAGGAAAUAGUCUAAUUUUGUCUUAGAAAUUCUCUAUUAAAAUUGUUGGUUUGAGUCCAUCCUCUCAUAGGUUCUGACUGAUGAAACUGCAGGCUCUGAUUUCUGGCAGUUGUAACUUUAUCACUAUUCACUACCCAAGAAUAUUACAGCUUUAAAACAGCCUUAAGCAAAAGGAUGUUAUUUCUUUGUACUGAAUUUGGUUCAUGGAAAAGAAAAAAACAACUGAAACACUGGUAAUCCGUACUGCAUAGCAAACUCUUCUGAAAAAUGUUAUUGCACAUGUAAAAUAUGAAAACUUGACUCUGCUGUGUGUUAGGCAAUCCUGUAAUCUUUUUUUUUUUUUUUUGAUUCUUGUUAAAUUCAUUUCCUAAAUGCUUGGUUGGAAGACUGUGACAAUAGCUCAUGAAAUUGAGUGUUAUUUUUCUUUCUUUUUUUUAAAUAUGUAAAGUGCAGUCUUCUGUAUUCCUGCAUAUUGUACAUAUCUGUAUAUGUUUUACUGAGCAACUAAAUAACAAUAAAUAUGAUGUUAAUGGUGGCUACU